AUCAAUAUCCUUUCUGCAAACUACGGUCGUUUGACUGGAGCUCAAGUCUGUGGUUGGGGACCAAUAACGAGCACUAACUGCAAAGCUAAUGGAGCACUUGCCAAAGUUCAAGCUCACUGUCAGGGACAUUCACAUUGCACAUUACGGGCAACCAACAGCGAGUUUGGUGAUCCUUGCUCUACAACUUACAAAUAUCUAGAGGUAACUAUUUUCCUUAGCCAAGCCUUUUCUUAACCUGAUUUCAAGCGGAUCUCUUUUCUUCAAUUUCACUUUGUUCCCAGGAUUCGUAUCUUUGGCAACUUCAUCGAUCUUGAAAAAGAAAAAGAAGUCGUAGCCUGAGUAGCUUGUGUGGAAGAGAGGAGCGAAAAGGGGAAACUACUGACACAAAAACGACAGGGGAGGGGUCUACCUUCCCGCCGCAUUUAUCUUAAUUUGUAUUUGCAGUGUGCACCCCUUUUUUUCUUGGCUUUCCCUGCCACUUCAGCCCUUUUUCUAUAGUGAAUUAUUAUUAAAGCGAUGUUGCCUAAUUUCAUCCAAUUUCUUCCCCUUCUCUCCCUUUGGGAAUCCCCACCUCCCAGGUACCCUUCCCUUUCCCACCCCCCGUAUCCCUCCCCUGUAUUCUCCUCGGGCUCCCCCCGUCCUCCCCCACAUCAGUGUGGAACACAAAAUUCAAAAAUGGAAAUGACAUGGGUAAAUAUCUACAUCGGACAACGGAUUUCUCUAGUUGUACAUGUUACUAUCCUUUCUCGAUUUUGAUCCCUUUUGGACUGUUGGAAUGGGUACAGUUAAUAGCUUGAUGGCAGCAAACCUUGUUUUCUUGUGUUGAUGACAUUAACUCAUGUCCGCUGAAUUCAACAGAUUCGCUACGUAUGUGAGUGA